CCGCCCGACCAUGACGCAUCUGCGAUUUGUUGGCAAUCAACAAGCCCUUAACAAAUUCCCAUCGCUUCUUUAAAGAUGCUCGUUGUUUCAGGCUCGACUUCUUCAACGACUUUGCGACCUCAAAUGUUAGCGGAAUCCAUACCCCUUGAAUCGCCUUCCGAGACUUUCCCGAAGUGUGCGACUUGUCAGUGGCACAGGAGAUCCUAGUUGCAUAAUGGCCAAGGAGGAAGAAAAGCACGACGCUUCAACAGAACUCAAAGACCCUACGCAACAGGGUCCGCCCAAGUCGCUAGGCAAAGAAAUCGCAUUUAUCGGUGUUGUUUGCGCCGCUCAGUUCAUGACCCAGGCCGGACUCUCGCUCGCAAUCGCGCCGUUGCAUAUCAUCAGCGAUAGCUUUGGUGCCAGCCCCAAAGACCUCACCUGGGCCUCUGCUGCUUAUAGCUUGACAGUGGGGACAUUCAUCCUCGUAGCAGGGCGGCUGGGGGACGUCUACGGCCACCGAUUGCUCUUCAUCAUCGGCUUUUCUUGGUUCGGUCUGUGGUCCCUUCUGGCAGGUUUCUCUGUUUGGUCAAACCUGGCAUUCUUCAACUGCUGCCGGGCAUUCCAAGGCAUAGGGCCAGCGUUUCUUCUUCCUAAUGCUGUGGCUAUCUUAGGCCGCACGUAUCCUCCCGGUCCUCGGAAAGACAUGGUGUUCAGCCUCUUUGGGGCGACUGCUCCGGGCGGAUACACUGUCGGUGCGACCUUCUCAUCAUUGCUCGCCCAGCGGGUGUGGUGGCCUUGGGGAUAUUGGAUCAUGGGAAUAGCUUGCUUUAUCUUCGCCGGUCUUGGCACCCUCAUCAUUCCUCCCACGCCGCGUGAAAAAUCCCAAGACGACGGAAUCUCGGUAUUUGCUCGACUGGAUGUGAUGGGUGCCGCAACGGGCAUCGCUGCUCUUGUACUCAUCAAGUUCGCAUGGAAUCAGGGCCCAGUUGUCGGAUGGAACGUGCCAUACACGUAUGCCUUGCUUAUCGUGGGAGUCCUGAUGCUCGUCGGUUUCCUAAUUAUUGAGCGCAAGGUGCCCUGUCCACUCCUCCCUAAGUCAUUUUUCAAAAGUGAAGUCGCCUGGGUCUUGGGCUGCAUUGCUGCCGGGUGGUCCAGCUUCGGUAUUCUGGUAUAUUACUACUACCAGUUCCUUGAAGUGAUUGAUGGCAACUCCCCCCUUUUAACAACAGCAAAAUGGUCGGGCGCCUCGGCUUCGGGCGCGUGUGCCGCAGUGGUCACCGGGUUUCUCUUAGGACGUGUUCCACCCAGCAUCAUUAUCUUCAUCGCAAUGCUCGCUUUCAUGGUCGGACAAGUACUGCUCGCCACGAUUCCGGUAAACCAAAUAUACUGGUCACAGGCAUUUCUGGUCAUGCUGAUCACCCCAUGGGGAAUGGAUAUGUCGUUCCCAUCUGGGACAGUGAUCAUGAGCAAUGCCAUGCCCCGGGAACACCAGGGCGUGGCAGGCUCGCUUGUGAACACUGUGGUCAGCUAUUCCAUCUCACUGGGUCUUGGAUUUGCCGGAACUGUAGAGUCAUACGUCAACGAUGGCGGCAGGAACACUUUGAAAGGGUAUCGGGGUGCCUCGUAUAUGGGUGUCGGCCUGGCUGGCUUGGGUGUGCUUCUCGCAACAUGUUUUAUGCUGGUCACUCGGUUCAGGCGAGGCAACUGUGUUCAGAAGAGAUGUCAACCAAAGCAGGCUGUUUAAGUCUUGAGACGACCAGCCGUUAUCAUGUACCAUAAUCCCUAUCC